GGACAGCGGGGCAUCGGGUCACCAGGCAUCAAGUCAUUUGGCUCGACAGCGAGCACCGCGUCAUCUGGCAAGGCAGUGGGCUCCGAGUCAACUGGCAUGACCGCGGGCACCGGGGCAGACAUUGAAUCGUCUGGCUGGACAGCGGGCAUCGGGUCACCAGGCAUCAGGUCAUUUGGCUCGACAGCGGGCACCGCGUCAUCUGGCAAGGCAGUGGGUCUCCGAGUCAACAGGGCACGACAGUGGGCACCGGGUCAUCAGGUACCGGAUUGUCUGGCUCGACAGCGGCAUCGGGUCAUCAGGCAUCAGGUCAUUUGGCUUGCCAGCGGGCACCGCGUCAUCUGGCAAGGCAGUGGGCACCGAGUCACCAGGUACGACAGCGGGCUCUGAGUCAAUUGGCACGACAGCGGGCACCGGAUCAGGUACCAGGAUCAUCUGGAUCAACAGCGGGCAUCGAGUCAACUGGC